GCCAAUCAAAUCUAGAUAAAAAACCCUCUGACUUGGCGUAGUAGGCGUCACUCCUCAGGCUUGUGAUUUCCCCUGUCUCUGGGAUUCAGAAGUGUGCAGACUAACAAGUCUUUUAUAUUGUAUUUAUUAAGUGCUUUAACAUAAAUUGUAAUUAUGACUUUUGUAACUCUUUAUAAUGGAGCUAAAAUGCCCCUUGUUGGCCUGGGAACCUGGAGGGAGAUUUAAAACUAAAAAAUCCACAAACUCAGUCUGAACCAGGAACGGUAACGGAGGCUGUGAAGGCAGCUAUCCUAGCCGGCUAUCGCCACAUUGAUGGGGCCCAUGUCUAUGAAAAUGAGACUGAAGUUGGAACCGGUAUAAAUGAUAUGAUUAACCAGGGGGUGGUGAAGAGAGAAGAUCUUUUCAUAGUCAGCAAGCUGUGGUGCACAUACCACGAGAAGCACUUGGUCAGAGGGGCGUGUGAAAAAACGCUAAGUGACCUUAAACUGGACUAUGUUGAUCUGUACCUAAUGCAUUUUCCAAUGGGUGUUAAGCCUGGAAAAGAGCUUUUCCCAUGUGAUGAAAAUGGCCAUGUUUAUCCAGACAACAGCAACUUUCUGGAGACAUGGGAGGCAAUGGAAGAGUUGGUGGAUGCUGGACUGGUUAAAGCCAUUGGUAUUUCCAACUUUAACCGAGAUCAGAUGGAGACAAUCCUGAACAAACCAGGACUCAAGUACAAACCUGCCAACAAUCAGAUUGAGUGCCACCCGUACCUGACUCAGGAAAAGCUCAUUAACUACUGUCACUCUAAAGGCAUUACUGUCACUGCAUAUAGUCCUCUUGGUUCCCCAACUAGACCAUGGGCAGAGCCGGAUGAGCCGUCCCUCCUGCAGGAGCCAAAGAUCAAGGCCAUUGCAGAUAAGUACGGUAAAACUACAGCACAGGUCCUAAUUCGCUUUCACAUGGAAAGAAACGUCGUGGUCAUUCCCAAAUCUAUAACCCCUGAACGAAUCAAAGAGAAUUUCCAGGUCUUUGAUUUUAAACUAACCAAAGAGGACAUGGAUACUAUCUUCAGUUUUAAUAGAAACUGGAGGGCAUUUAUGUUGGAAUGGGCAUCCUAUCAUAAGGAUUAUCCACUGAAUGCAGAAUGCUGAACGUGAAUGAACAGGGUUUGGCACAUCGGAACUGCAAUGCGAUUCCAGAUAACUCCUGAAUUCCUUUCUGGGACCACUGAAGUACGUCUGUCUGUCUACGACACGGCAGAGAUGACUGUGAUAACUGAUAAAAACUGUUGUUAGUAUUUGUUCAACACCCAUUUGCGGGGCCAAACUUGAUGAAGUUAAAAGUUUGAAGUAUUUGUUAACAAAUCCUUGAGAACCGGGCCUAUUCUUUACAUUCAAAAACAAACCAGAAAGCAGACAAGUUUAGUGUCAAAGCAUCAUUCGAUAUACAAAACAACACCUGCUCUUGCAAAUAAACUGAGUGUUUUUCUAAUCAUGUUUUGAAAAGGAGUGUGCCAUAUAUAAAAACAAUUCCCUGAACCACCAUAACUUGUUUGAAAAAAAACUUUGUUUCUGUGCAAAGUUUGUAUCAUCUUUCAAAUAAAACAAAUUGGCA